CACGCUAUGAGUAAACAGCGCCAGGUUUGCUUUCCCUUCUAAUCACUCACAACAAAGUUUUCUCUCAACUUGUACUUCAUACUUUGCCUUAUUUUAAAUUAGUGAAAGUUUUGGAUAAUAAAUAUUGGAAACUCAAAUCACAACUAAGAUUAUUAUAUUGACAACCAACCAAUCAAAGUAAUCAAACAGCUGAGAAGAUUUAUAAUGGUGUGCGAUAAGUGUCAAAAGAAGGUGGGUAAAAUCAUCACACCAGAUACAUGGAAAGACGGUGCAAGAAACACUACAGAAAGUGGGGGCAGGAAGAUAAAUGAAAACAAACUCCUUUCAUCCCGAAAGACUAGAGUUAACCCUUAUUCUACAAAAUUUGAACAAUGCCGAAUAUGCAAACAAAAGGUACAUCAAGCGGGAUCACAUUACUGUCAGCCUUGCGCUUAUUCCAAAGGAAUAUGUGCAAUGUGUGGCAAAAAACUUAUGGAGACUAAAAACUAUAAACAGUCAGCAACGUGAAUGGAAACAGUUAGUACUAUUGAUUUAUAAUUGAUUUAGUGUUUUUUUUAAGAAAUCAAUAUUUUAUGAUUUAACUGUUUAGUUUAUGGGAUAGUUUAAAUUAUGCAGUUUUAGUUUUUAGCAGAUUUCAAUAAUAUUUACUUCAUUGAAGUUGUUUGCUGUUCCAAAUUCCGCAGAAUUGACUUGUACGAUGUAUGCUUAAUUCAAUAAGAUGCAAUAAAUAUAAUAAUUACAAUGCUUGACCGAUUUAUUAGAGUCAUUUCACUAACAUUUACACAUUUUCGUAAUAAAAAUUAGACGAGUCCCACGUUCAAACUUAUAGUGUAAAACAUGUAUAUAUAUAUUGGAAUAGAGUUUACAUUUAUAUUUUGUAUUCCGUGUGUAUUUUGUGACAUGUGCAUUAUACAUUUGCACACUUGAUUAAGAGCCAAUAAUAUAUCUGAACUUGUUUAGUGUAAUUUAAAAUAGAAUGGAAUACGUAAAACAGGGGUUAAACAAGUAAAAAUACUUUCUACAUAAAAAUUAAUAUUAUAUUUAAGUAAUAAUUAUAAUAAAUCUAU